AUCGAACAGAAACUGAUGUAAUGCGGUGUAUUUGAAGCAUCCCAUGUUUCCCAGUCUACCCAGUCUACCCAGUCUACCUCUUUGCUCGGUCAGCAGUGCGCGCCGCCGCGGCAGAGGGCUCCGCCGCUGUGCACCGUGAACGCGCCUCUCCAUGCGGUUUGAGUAAAGAAGGAAAAGCAGAAAAAAAAAAAUCAGCUGAUGAUGAAAAGACAUGAAGCCUUUACUGAAGCGGAGAGCGGUUUGAUUCUCACAUCAGAACCCGGUCCCGGUGUCCGGGGGAGGGGGGUCCGGUUCUCCGUGCAGCUCCUCCGCUCUUUGUCAGCCGGUCCACACACCCGGGGCGGGUUUCUGGGUUUUCUCUGAAUGAAGCUGCUCUACCGGAGAGAGACCCGUUAGUUUUAACACGUUAAUGACCCGGGAAUGUGUUAUUUCUCGGUUUUUCUGUGGAAUCUGCGCUGCUGAGGAUUUUAUCUCCUGCUGGAUUUAAUCACCUUUUGUUCGGAGACAGAAGCGGCUGAUGCAGCGGUUCACAGUGAAGUCACCGGGAACGGGUCUUCAAUUAUCUCUUUUAUCUGCCUGUUAACGUUAUUUUAUCUUCACGGGACUGUGGGAGUGUGAAAACAGCGCUGAUGGGAUUAUUUCACCUCUGCGGAUAGUGGAUUUUGUUAUUAUUAGUAGUAUUAUUUUAAUAUCAUUAUUGACUGUGGAGCGGUUUGGGGUCUGGUCUGCUUUGGUCUUUUGUCCCGGACCGGUCCUGUCCCGGGUUUAGGAGCACCAUGCCGGAGUGCGUGUCGGUGUCAGAGUUCGUGCAGGAGGUUCAGGAGGACUGGAGCUCCCCCACCACCUCCUCCUUUACCUCCAAGAUGAUCAGCUGCAGGAACACCGUCUACCUGCUGGAGGAGGUUCUGGACAGUGACCGCUUGGUGUUGCAGAAGAUGAAGAAAGCUGCUAAAGCCAAAUACACAUCAGGACAAGACCACGUGUCUCACCUGGAGCAGUAUAUUCAAUCCAUGGAGAAGCUGUCAGUCAACUGUCACUCAAAUGGAGAGGCCGAGGUCGGCUCCGCCUUCUGUCGCCUUGCGGACUUUUCUAAAGAACUCCUCUCUCCUAUGAAGAACCUGUUAAAGAGCAUGCUCCACAACAUCAACUUCUUCCUGGACUCUCUGGUUAAAGGGGACCUGAGGGAGGUGAAGGGGGAUCUGAAGAAGCCUUUUGACAGAGCAUGGAGAGACUAUGAGAGCAGAUUUAAGCAAGUGGAGAAGGAGAAGAGGGAGUUAGCUCGUCAGUAUGGGAUGGUGAGGAGUGAGGUGAGCGGAGGAGAGAUCGCCGAAGAGCUCGAGAAGGAGAGACGCUCCUUUCAACUGAGCAUGUGUGAGUAUCUGAUUAAGGUCAACGAGAUAAAGACUAAGAGAGGAGUGGACCUCCUGCAGAACCUUAUCAAGCAUUACCACAGCCACAACAAUUUUCUGCAGGAGUGUGUUUCCACCACUCAGAGGUUGAAACAGUACAUGGAGGAGCUGAACGGAGUCCUGACGACGGUGAAGCAGCGUCAGGAGGAAGAGAAGAGACAGCUUGUGACACUCAGAGAUCAGCUGAGGCCGGUCGUCCACACAGAGCAGGACUCUUUACCUAAGCAGUUGUACAGCAUGCAUCAGCUGCUGGGAGACAAACAGUACGGAACAGAGAGAACAGGAUUCCUCUACAAGAAGAGUGACGGGUUGAGGAAAAUGUGGCAGAAGAGGAAAUGUUCAGUUCACAACUGUUACCUGACCAUCGCACAUGCUACUCCUAAUAAACCUCCUACCAGACUCAACCUGCUCACCUGUCAGGUUAAACCCAGUGUGGAGGACAAGAAAUGCUUCGACCUCAUCUCUCAUAAUCGGACCUAUCACUUCCUGGCUGAGGAUGAAGCCGAGUGUGUUGCCUGGAUCUCGGUGCUCAGUAACAGUAAGCAGGAGGCUCUGAGUGUGGCUCUGGACGGGGGGAGGAGAAGCGGAGGAGCCGGGGAGAGCAGCAUGGAGGAUCUGACCCGGGCCAUCACGGAUGACAUCAGACGGAUGCCAGGAAACAACAACUGCUGUGACUGUGGAGCUCCUGAACCUGGAUGGCUCUCGACCAACCUGGGUAUCCUGACGUGUAUCGAGUGUUCAGGGAUCCACAGGGAGAUGGGGGUCCACGUCUCCAGGAUCCAGUCUCUGAGUUUGGACAGUCUGGGGACCUCAGACCUGCUGUUGGCCAGGAAUGUUGGUAACUCUGGUUUUAAUGAAAUACUGGAGGCAAACCUGCUGAGUCCAUCACUGAAGCCGUCCCAACACAGCCACAUGGCAGAGCGUAAAGACUUCAUCCUGUCCAAGUAUCAGGAUGUUCAUUUUGUGAGGCGGAGCCACAACUCUACUGUAGCGCUACAAGUCGGCCUGCAGGAGGCGACCAAGAGCUGCGACAUCUACAGUCUGAUCCAGCUGUACGCCCAGAGGAUGGAGCUGAGCCAGCCGCUGCACGCACACAUACAGGAAAAAGGGGAAACUGCGCUCCAUCUAGCCGUCCUAUUGGCUGACAGGACAUCGCUGCACAUCCUGGACUUCUUGGCUCAGAACUGCUCUAACGUGGAUGCGCAGACAACAGCUGGCAACACAGCGCUGCACUACAGCUGUCUGCACAACAAAAGCGACUGUGUGAAACUGCUGCUGAGAGCCAGAGCCAACACACUUAUCAAGAACGAGUUAGGAGAGACAGCUCUGGACGUGAGCCGCAAGUUGAAGCAUAGCCACUGUGAGGCGCUGCUGCAGCAGGCCCAGUGCAACCAGUUUGACCAUCACGUCCACGUGGAGUACGAGUGGAGGCUUCGUCAUGACGAUCUCUACGACAGUGACGAUGACUUUGACGACAGGAAUGGUCCAGUGAAGAAGGAGCGCGCCUCCUCCUCCUCCUUCACCUCCUCCUUCUCUUUCUCCUCCCGUCCCUUCAGCUUCGGUCAGUCCACCCCUUCCUCCAUCACACUGCCCUACCCUAUAAUAGCAGGAGGAGCACCAGUAGGCGCGGCUGGAGGUCUGCUCAGCGUAGGGAGGAGGCUGGCCAUGGCCAUGGAGCUCCACAGCCGGCCGUCUGGCUCUGCCCCCAGCCCUCCUCCACCUCCCCCCUCCUCCCCCGCACCUCCGCUGCCCCCGAGGGUCAAAGCUCCCAAUGUUCCUCCUCCGCCGCCUCCUGCUGGCGGGGAUGGAGUUGGAGAGGAAGAGGAGGAAGUGGGGGAAGUCUUCUUCUCCUUCACAGGAAACAGAAAGUUGACCCCUCCCCCUCCCAUCGCCGUCCGACACAAGAGAAGCUGCUCCGAAUCCAGCAAACACGAUUACGGGUUGCCAACCAGUCCCAGGAUCUACAGUGGUCCAGAGUCCUCCUUCAAGAAGUGUGUUCCAUCUUCUCCUCUCAGCUCGCUGACUGAACGACCAGACAGAGGUUUUCGGAGGGCGGACAGUGACAUAAGCUCCUCCCACUUCCUGCACCCUGCCAGUAGAGCCGCGCCCACCGGGUCUCCCACCAAUCACCGCUCUCAGAGCUUUGAGAAUGAUCUCAGAGGCCCCGCCCCCCAGCCGCUUCCUCGCAGGUCAUUGCCUCGGGGCACGUCCAGUCGGAGGGCUCAGGCGCUGUAUGACUGCCAGGCCGACCACCAUGAUGAGCUGAGCUUCUCUGAGGGACAGAUGCUGGUGGUUCUGGGACAGGAGGACAGUGAUUGGUGGCAUGGUUACAUAGAGGACGAACCGGACCAGAGAGGUUUGUUUCCGUCUUCCUUUGUGCAGCUGCUCUCAGACUGACAUAAAUCUGGAUCCAGGCAAACCCUGGACCAGCAUGGAUCAAGUCCAUAUCAGAGCAUGGAGAACCAGAACCUGGAGCUCAGGAGAACCAAACCAGAUCAGUACUGAGCAGCAGGAACAGAACCCCAUAUCUGCGAUGGACCAGGUCAGACUUUCAGAUCUGGACCUACUCCAGUUCCCAGGACUGGACUCCAGCAUCCUGUGAGUUCACAUGAUCACGGUCCAGCCACUGUUCCUGCUGUCAGCCAUGUUGUCAUAGCAACUGGCGUUUCUUAUGCCUUCUGUUACCAUGGAAACAUUACAGAUGACCUUUUUGAGGAAGAAUCUAGACCAGACUAAGCUGUGUCCGAAAUCACUCCCCAUUCACUGCAGUUUAUUUGAAUGUGAUAUUUAUGCACUAACCCCAAAAAGUCCCAUGGUAGUGUAGCAUCAUACCCAUGACACGUACACUACUGGUUGCCAACAAUCACACAAUGCAAUGCAUCACAGUUUUUGGAUGCCAGAUUACUGCUGUUAAACUCUACAGCUGUCAGCGAUGACGGAAUAUGAUGUUUAUUAGUAUGAAAUCUUGAUUCAUUCCUCAACUAUAUGAGCUCAGUGACGAGCGACUGAGUCAACAAGGAAGUAAUUUUGGGCACAGCCUCGAUCUCCAUGUGGAUCGGAUCGUGUGAUAAUGUUGCCGUGGAGGCGGCCUCGCACAGACUGAUCAGCAAUGAUUCAAAGCUGAUCUUGACAAUACUUUAAUUUAUUUAUUUAUUUAAAACUAAAGUAAUAUUUUAUAAAGCACACAGAUUACAGCAGGUCACUUAAAAAUAAAACAAUCCUCUGGACAUUUAAUUUUGAAGUUCAUAUGAACGACUUUUUUUUUUUCAAUUCUAAUUAAUUUAUUUUUAUGUAUUUAAUGUUAUUGAUUGUGUGGCAAUGCCACCACAAGAGCCACCUCUGCCCCAUUUCAGGCUCUGCCUCCUUGGAUUCACCAGGCCCAACAAGUGGCCUGAGGCACAAAGGAUUGUGGGAUACCAGAGACCAAAGGAUAAAUAACCAGUUGUCUGCUCUAAAUUCAGGUAUAAUCAGUUUUUCUGACAGAACGCUGCCUUGUUGAGCCGUCAUGAUGGAUUUGGUCUGUAAAUGUGGACUUCAGAGGAGGCGGAGCCUGAAAUGGGACACAGCACAUGUUUCCAGCUGCCUUCAAUGUCACAAGAUAUCACAACGCCUUGGUGAGUAAGUAGGGAAACGUAUUGCUGCCACUAUUACAAAAAUAAAUGUGUUGUUUCUCAUUAAAUAUCAGAUAAGAUCCUUUUCACAUUAUAACAAGACAUACUUUCAUGUUAUUACUACACACCAAAUUAUUCAGUUUCAACAAGAAACGUGUUAUAAUAUUUUAUCUUCUCAUAACAACAAAAACAUUUCUUGUUAUAACAACAUACCGACUUUUGUUGUGAUGAGAAAAGUUUGUUUUAAUGAGAUAGGUUGGUUUUGUGUAAUUUGUAAUCAUGAGAUAAUGUGAUGUGGUUAUAACAAGAAAAACUUCAUGCUUAAAAGAGAAUAAUUUUGCAUGUAGUAAUAAAGAGAAAAAUGUCAUUACACCAUGAAAAAUAUCUUGUUAUAACUAGAAACUGAGAUGAUUUUCUUUGUCAUAGUGGGAGCAAUACACUGCCAUAAAAAAAAAAAUAGAAUAGACAUCAAAUUUCUCAGAACUUUUCUCAUCUGGGUUUGAUUGUGUGAACCUUUACCUCCAGAGUUCUUUGAUUAAAAAAGAAA